AUGGAUCCUUAUGUCAUGAUACAGUAUAGGAAUCAAGAACAAAAGAGUAGCGUUGUAAAAGAUCAAGGGACGAAUCCAUCAUGGAAUGAGACUUUUAAGUUUCAGGUUCAGAAUGCAGAAGCUGCAGAGCAUCACCAGAAACUUGUCCUUAGAAUCAUGGAUAAAGAUAUAUUCAAUGUUGAUGAUUUUGUUGGUCAAGCAACGAUUAGUGUUGCUGAUGUGAUUUCUUUGGGAGUUGAAAAAGGACAUGGUGAAUUGCAUCCUAGUAAGUAUAGUGUGGUGCUUGAAGACAGGACUAACUGUGGAGAGAUUAGAGUUGGUGUUAAAAGAACAAAGUUCAGACGAAGAAGUUAUAAGGGCUAUACACUGUAG